GAUAACAAGCCAGAGGAAUGCUCAGUGUGUUAUAACGAUUAUGAUGACAAUCAGCUACGGCCUCGCACACUGCCGUGCGGCCACACAUUCUGCUCCCAGUGUAUUGACAAUGCUAUCGAGAAUGGUCAACUAACCUGCCCCAGCUGCCGUGCCGAGCACGCUGCCACAGCUGCUACUCAGUUCCCAAUUAGCUAUGGCAUGGAGGCAUUUGUUAGGAAACUGAAAGAUAUCCAGCUAACACAAAAGAAAACUGUACCAAUAAAAAAGAAGUUACAUUCCCUGAUCAUAUCACAAGAUAUUGAGUUGCGUUUUGAGGAGAGGAAGUUUGUUCUUAAGUAUAUCGAGGUUCCCCAAGGUCAACUAUAG